ACGGAUCAUACGACCUGCUGCCUUCCGGGAAGUGGGGUGUAUAUAUAUAAACCAUGUAAACAUUAGGAUUUCGAAGAACUGAGCACCAGGUGUGGAGAGUCAGGAUACUUGAGGCCGCCGAUACUUCAAACAGUGAACUACGUAUUCACCUGUCUUAACUGUAGAAGUUUUAAUCCGUUCAUGAUGGUGUUAACAAGUGCUGGUGUUUUAGCAGUCGUUGCCUUGGUCGUGGGUUUGAUUAACGGAGUGCCACAAGACCUGACGAAACAGAAAGUUUCACUGGCGCCCGCUUCCUUGAACACGACCUCUCCUGGCUGUGGCGGGUGCGGGGCAGGGGCGGUGCCGGGGACAAAGGUCAGGACUUGUGAGAGAAUGCUGCAAGACGCCGACUGCAUCGUAAUGAAACGGUGCAUCCACAGACGGCCUAAUUUUAUGGGCGGAGGAACAAUGUCAGUGGCGUGUCCACAGGUGACCAAAUGCAACAAAACUGAAAGCUUCUGCUGCAGCAACGCGUUUCCUGUGUACGCAGAAGCCCCUACCUCGGGACUGGAGACCGAUCUCGAGAGGAUAGAGCGACAUCUGGAGGGUCCCGUGGCAUGCGAAAUUCCAAACUGGACCACGUGGUCAUCGUGGUCAUCAUGCAGCAAGACCUGUGGAGGGUUUGGGUGUGGUCAGCGCACGAGGUUCAGGACCUGCUUGAAUAAGGACCGCGUAGAAUGCAGCAAUUCUCACCACCAGGUGGAGACAGAGGCAUGCGGCAGCAGCGCCCCCUGUGAGACAAUUCAACAGAAACCGUGUCCACGUUACAGCGCCUUCUGGUGGGGAUGGUGGGGCCGGACCCAGAGGCAGGCUAACUGUGCAACUCGUGUUAACGAGUGUUGCAAAGGAUACAGCAACUAUGGGAGAAUGUGUCUAGAGAUCGCUUAAAGUUUGACACUUAACGAUUUCUUAUUCUGUAAUACAGUACAACACGCAAGGUUGUUAUAAAACCUGCAGUUAAAAAUGAACGUGUCACGUUUUUAACAAGUUGUGCAGAGAAGUUGAACCGUCACCUUUUCUCUCUCUUUGCAACGAGUUUGUAUGGCGUCACCAUUUGCGCCUUUACUGGAUCUGUACAUAAAUAUGAAGUUAAACGAUUACCUUGCAGAAUAAAUAUUUCUGUCAACUUAGUGUUUAAACAGGAGACCUGUCAACUUAAAACACCUUUUACCGACAACUGAGUCAGUGAGCGGAAAAUGAGCUGAGACACAUUUAUCGUCAGCUUAAUACCGGAUCUAGUCACACUAAGAUGUGUGGAUGAAAUAUGAUAAUACUCGUGCGGAAUGUUGACUGACAGAUUAAACUUCUAUGGUUUUAUUGUUUUGACGUCACCAGCACAUUCAUUGUUAGAUAUUACGACUUUAUCAGAUUAAAUACAUGUAGUUCUCAAUAAUUAUAUCUUUAUCUGAUUAAUAUCGGUGAAAGCAUUUUCCGUCUUAUCGUGCUAAAUAUACGUUUAUCUGUAAAUGCAUGCAUACUAAAAUAAAAACAUCAUUUGAAAGAA